AACUAUCAAAUGUGCGUGCUCGUUGAAAAGGUGGAAAGAAAAAAAUGGCGGAACUUCUGUUGUUGGUUCCUACCCGGUUCACUAAUUGUGGUGCACCUCCUGCACUUGCUAUGUUCUGGAAAGUACAUUUGUUGCGAUCGGUAUCCGUCUUACCAAUGGACUGACAUCAAUCAACAAGUCAGAAAUGCUUUUUAAAGAUCUUCCUAGAGAGGCCCUGAUGCGGCCGCUGUCCAGGAAUGAGGUGCUGGGCAUGCUGGUGAGGCUGACCAUCUUUGGUGCAGCCACCUACUACAGCAUCAAAUGGGUUGUGGAAGCCAUGGAUCCUACCUCCAAGCAGAAGAGCCAGGCCAAGAAAAGGGCAGAACAGCUGAUGAAGAGGAUUGGAGUUGAAGGGGUCAAACUAACCGAGUAUGAAAUGAACAUUGCGUCUCACUUGGUUGAUCCACAGACUAUGAAGGUGUCUUGGAGAGAUAUAGCAGGUCUGGAUGAGGUUAUCAGUGAGCUGCAAGACACUGUCAUCCUACCCUUUCAGAAAAGACACCUUUUAUCCGGAUCCAAACUGUUUCAGCCUCCUAAAGGUGUUUUAUUGUUCGGACCACCGGGAUGUGGAAAGACCAUGAUUGCCAAAGCUACAGCCAAAGCCUCAGGCUGCAAGUUCAUUAACCUUCAGGCCUCCACACUCACAGACAUGUGGUAUGGUGAAUCUCAAAAGCUCACUGCUGCUGUCUUCUCACUGGCUGUUAAGAUACAGCCCUGUAUCAUCUUUAUCGAUGAGAUUGAAUCAUUUCUCAGGAAUCGCUCCAGCCUGGAUCACGAGGCCACAGCAAUGAUGAAAGCCCAGUUCAUGAGUCUGUGGGACGGUCUCGAUACUUCCUCAAACACUCAGGUGAUGGUGAUGGGAGCUACAAAUAGGCCACAUGAUGUGGAUCCAGCCAUUCUGCGCAGAAUGCCCACCACUUUUCAUGUCGACCUGCCAAACAUGAGACAAAGACAGGAGAUCCUGAGGCUGAUUUUAGCAGGAGAAAAUCUGAGCAACGCCAUUAAUCUGAAAGAGAUUGCAGAGAAGACGGACGGCUACUCUGGCAGCGACCUGCGUGAGCUGUGCCGUGAUGCUGCCAUGUACCGAGUUCGGGACUACGUCCGCAAGGAGCAGAUGAGGCAAAUUGCUCAGCAGCUACAGGACUGUGAGGAGGAGGAGGAAAGACCUGUAGAUGAGGAGCGGUUACGACCGGUUACCCAGCUGGACCUUCUCUUUGGCCUGGAUAAGAUGAGGGAAUCUAAGCGGGCUACAGUCUCCAUGUUACCCAGUGUGUCAGAAGUUCCCCUGGACUAAAUAUCUGAGCCGAACCCCGCCACAAACAGGAAAUAGCCCAACCCCACUUCUGUUCACGGUGCAGUUCAACUCGUCAAACACAGUCUGCUCCAGCAUGUCACAGGUGCAGCUGGAAAAGCCAGCAUGUUUUUUUUUUAUCCAAGCAGAUGGUUGUUCUGACCUUCCACCUUUUGAACACAAUUCUGUACAUGUAUAUUACAGUGUGGUCCCUCUGACUACUGACAGCUCUACUGGGGUGAUUUAUAGUCCAUGCCUUCUUUAGAAGCACGAUCACAAUGUUCAAGGGGGUGAAGGAAAUUGUCAGAACUGUAGAAGCUUUUCUCCACUAACAUGCACAUGAUGUCAAGGCUUGACUUUCAAAUUAUCAGUUCUCUGUCUUUUUUAUUUACUAGUCCCACAGUUGUCACAUUCAGCAUCAUAAGAGAACAGUGUGUUUUUUUUUUUUACGUUCUGUUUAGACUAAAACGUACUGUAAGUAACAGUCACAUCGCCAUGUUGGCUUCUGGUUUCAAACAGCUUUGCUUCACAGAAAGUAAAACAAAAUGCAUUUAGUUUAAAAUUCACAAGUCAGAGAAGUUCCUUAAAUACAGUAACAUGUUAUUACUACUGUAAAUAUAUGGUGUUAGUUGAGAAGUCAACAGUUAUGUAGAUUCUACCAAAGUGUUCAUCCACAGGUGUAUAAAACCGUUAUUUCUACAGAGCUCAGUGAACACUUGACAUUCCGUGUUGUCUGCAUUCAUUUUGGCACGUUUUUACCUUUUAUCUCCUAAAAUCAAUCAUGUUAUAACAUUUCAUUGUGCCUGAAGGUCCAAGCGAUCCAGCCUGCGUGUAGUGAUUUGCCGGAGCUCCCACUUAAUGCAUGUAGACAAAAGCAGAUAACGCGGCAAAGACUCGAGUGGAAACGGGGUCACCACUUAAACUCUGUAAUCAUAACCAAUAAUAACCAUGAUGAUAUGAGCCAGCAGCGGCAAUAAAACGCUCUGUUGCCCUCAAUUAUCUCAAUAAUCGUCAUUCUACAACUAAAUGGCUGUAAAAAUUGACUUAAUGGGUAUUCUGCUGCGUACGUGUCUGAAAGAAUGGAUGUUAAAUGUUGAGCCAGAGUCAAGGCCAAGGCUUUAAAUACAGCUGGAGUUACCAUUUUACGCUGACUUAUAGAGCAACGUCUUCUGAAACUUUUGAGCCAAUCAGACACUGACAUGUUAAAGUCUCGCAAGUGUUAUCUUAAUAAUUAUCUUUAGUGUGUUAUUUAUUGUGCCAUUACCACUAUUAGCAGGCUGCUAUUGUUUUAGUUUGUUUUUAUGUUGAGCUUGUUCCAAGCAUCAAUCAGCGGCUGACAGCAGAGGCUCAUUUGAUUUUUAACAUUGAGGAGGCCGUACGUUAAAAUUCCCAUAAUGUUCAGUCAGUUGUCAAGUUUGACAAGCUCCUCUGCCUCUGCUUUGUAUGAGAAGCCUCGCUACUCGCCAUAUGGUCACAGCAUGUGCUCGCAGAUCUGUUUGUGGGACUCGCGCGGAUCCUUCGCCCACGCCGUCUGAACAGAGCGGGAGCCGUCUGUGGGGCGGCGGCGGCCACGUGGUGGCGCUGUAGCUUCACCGGCCCGUUCCUGAGGCAGGUGGUGCAGGCGUUUCACUGUGAGCCACCUCACAGCUGCACGGUGUGAGGGAAAUAGAAGCACAGCACACUGGGCUGUAGGAGGCACGGGAUUCAUUGAGUCAGUGGCAUCUGUUGCUCUUCAUUAGAUUACCUCAGGUGGCAAUGAAAGGUCAAGGUGUUGCCAUAUAAGCCAAUGAUUAUAUCAGUGCAGCUUGCAGGUAACAUCUGUAUAAAUGCUCUGCCUCAAUGCGACAUCACUUAUGGUGUUUUUUGUUGUGCAUGUGGCAAAUGCACAGUGACACAAGGUGCAGCUUGUAAGAAAAGCAGACACGGAAUAUGUUCAUAUUCAUGAAUAUGUAUAUAUAGAAAAUACCAACUGUUCCAUUUUCUCUAGCUUAGAAUGAGCCUUUUAUGUGCACAAAGGCUGCAACACAGCGUUUCUCCUGUACAGUAGCCGUGAACAGAACAACCAAACAGCUGCUUCAGAAAGGGAAUUGCUUUUGCAUGUUCGGCUUUAGAGAGUUUCAUAAAAUGUGCGCUGAAGCUGUGACCUAUUGUAUAGUUUUGCAUCGUAGUAGCUUCACUGAAUCCAGUUUUCAAAUUCAGCGUUACCUCAUCCCUUGACAUCGCUGACCGAGGACGACGUGGCAGCUCUGUCCUUUUACACAUUGUACUGUACCUUUAAUGACAGCCACACCUCCCACCAUGUGUUUGUGUUGAAUAGCGAUUGUUACGCAUGUACUGUAAAUUGUAUUUAUUGAAUUGCUCUGAAGGAAGUAUCUGUGGUUUUCAAACAUAAAUUUCACCUUGUCUGUCCCUGUUGGUGCAUUAAAUGUAAGAUGAAGUCUG